UCAGUGACGGAGUCGGCAAGGCUGAGUGACUUGGUAGAAGUAGUUCCCUACUGGACUCCCCUUUGCCAGCUGCUUACCCUCCUGCUCGUUUUUAUAAUGAAAAAGGAAAUUAAUCCAGCUUCCAAGGAUGGCGGCUCCAGAAAUGGUGGAGGUGGAGCCGGAACCCAACAUCAGAGGCCCUGAGAUAGUCACCAUGGGGGAAAAUGACCCUCCGGCAGCCGAGGCCCCUUUCUCCUUCCGAUCACUCUUCGGCUUGGAUGAUUUGAAAAUAAGUCCUGUGGUACCAGAUGGAGAUGCAGUGGCCGCACAGAUCUUGUCCCUUCUGCCCUUGAAGUUUUUUCCGAUCAUCGUCAUUGGGAUCAUUGCCUUGAUACUGGCGCUGGCCAUCGGGCUGGGCAUUCACUUCGACUGCUCUGGGAAGUACAGGUGUCACUCGUCUUUCAAGUGUAUUGAACUGACAGCCCGUUGCGAUGGGGUCUCUGACUGCAAGGACGGGGAGGAUGAGUACCGUUGCGUGCGAGUGAGCGGCCAGAGAGCAGCGCUCCAAGUGUUCACGGCCGCCGCAUGGAGGACCAUGUGCUCAGACGACUGGAAAAGCCACUAUGCCAAGAUUGCCUGUGCCCAGCUGGGGUUUCCCAGCUAUGUGAGCUCAGACCACCUCAGAGUGGAUGCGCUGGAGGAGCAGUUACAGGGAGACUUCGUGUCCAUCAAUCACCUCUUGCCAGAUGACAAGGUGACUGCGUUACACCACUCUGUGUACAUGAGGGAAGGCUGCGCCUCAGGCCAUGUGGUCAUCUUGAAGUGCUCAGCCUGUGGCAUGAGAACCGGCUACAGUCCCCGCAUUGUGGGUGGGAACGUGUCCUCGCUCACUCAGUGGCCCUGGCAGGUCAGCCUCCAGUUCCAGGGGUACCACCUGUGCGGGGGCUCCGUCAUCACCCCUCUGUGGAUCGUCACUGCCGCGCACUGUGUUUACGACCUGUACCUCCCCAAGUCCUGGACUGUCCAGGUGGGUCUUGUGUCACUGGUGGACAGUCCUGUGCCCUCCCACCUGGUGGAGAAAAUCAUCUACCACAGCAAGUACAAACCAAAGCGGCUGGGCAAUGACAUCGCCCUCAUGAAGCUGUCUGAGCCACUCACCUUUGACGAGACCAUUCAGCCUAUCUGUCUGCCCAACUCUGAAGAGAACUUUCCCGACGGGAAACUGUGCUGGACCUCAGGAUGGGGAGCCACAGAAGAUGGAGGUGACGCCUCUCCUGUCCUGAACCAUGCGGCUGUCCCUUUAAUUUCAAACAAGAUUUGCAACCACAGGGACGUGUAUGGUGGUAUCAUCUCUCCCUCCAUGCUUUGUGCAGGCUAUCUGAAGGGCGGUGUGGACAGCUGCCAGGGGGACAGCGGAGGACCCCUGGUGUGCCAGGAGAGGAGACUGUGGAAGUUAGUGGGCGCCACGAGCUUUGGCAUUGGCUGUGCUGAGGUGAACAAGCCCGGAGUCUACACACGCAUCACCUUUUUCCUGGACUGGAUUCAUGAACAGUUGGAGAGAGACUUGAAGACUUGAAGAGGGAACAAGCCAGCCCCUGAGCUCCCGAGGGUGGACACAGCCCGAGCCUUCCCUGGACUCGUGGGUGGCCAUGUUGGAUUCGAGUACCAACUUUUAUCGCUCUGCCCAUUGCACUGAAAUGGAGCCAGUGGGAAGAGCAUCCUCCCAACCCUGACAACCGGAGUUGCCUGCUGCUAAAGCCCCUGGCCUCUGGGCUUUGGGGCUGAAACGACCUUGGGAGCUCUUUCUGUGCUUCAUGAACUGAUUCAUGCACACAAGCGACACCUUUCUCUGCCACCCCCAUAGAUUUUCUCCUCAGAGUCGCUGCCAACACAGGCAAGCUCUCAUGUAAACCCAUCAACACCAGUUGGUGCAGGAACUGCUGGUGUGGAUUGUUGAAGAUACAGUCACCUAUUUGUUCUAACCCCAAGCUCCAGAUCUCAACCCACCAUCUACUUGUAAGAGCUAGUUUUCGGGAGUGGGGAACUUAGUCUGUGACUGAUUCAGCCUGAGGUUUUGCUCCACUGUUUUCUCACAGGAUUUGGUGCUUGAUGAAUUCCUCCCUUCUGGAAGGUGUCUCUUUGCUUAGCUUGGCUUGGCCUUGGGCUUGAAUGACUUCGUGGUGAUGGGUCACUGAAACUCAAAUCAUGGACUCAUGUCCAAAGUCUACGCAUGUCAGGAGUUUGCAUUUUCCUGUUAGAACAGGUUUCUCAGCAUAUCAGAGGUAUCCCAUAUUGCAUUGUGGGACUCAUAAGCAGAGUCAGGGACACAGGUCUGGACAGAGACAAGACUGGACACUAAAAGCAAGUUGAAUAGAGAGGGGUCCUAAGUGAUUGGGUCUGCCCCACUCCCCCCCCCCACACACACUCUGCUAAUGGACUACAGCCGAUGGUAUCCGGGUCCCUCUUACAUGGCUCACAGUCCUAUAUUACCCAAUAACAGAGGAGGGUUGCGUGAGACAUAGCCAUUGGUCAUUCAAGCUUGUCGAAGAUGAAGUCUUUGGGGGUAGGAAUCAGUUGCUUUGUGGCUGCAACAGAAAGUUGUGUGUUUGUGUGUGUGUGUGUGUGUGUGUGUGUGUGUAGUGUGUAUGUGGGGGAAGACAUAUCACCAAAACAAACUGCCACAUAGUCUUUGUACUUUGACUCAACCCUGUCCAGAUUAGAGGCACUACAUAGAUUUCUGUGAAUAGAAUACAUGUCCCAAGACCCACAGUGGGUGCCUGAAACUGUGGGUAAGUCCGAGCCCUAUACAGAUGGUUCUUUUCCAUAUGCACCCCUCCCUAUGAAUGUGAUUUAUGUAUUAGUCACAGGAAGAGAUGACAAUCCCAACUGAAAAUAAAGCACAGCAGUUAUAAAAA